AUGUUACGUUUACUUGCUCGUAUGCCAACAAUGCGUUUGGCUUCAUCAGUACCGCUUCAAAUGUUGAAGCGAACACAAUCGAUUGCUGUUAAUCAACGAGCAGCAAAUAGACAACAACAAGCACUGAUUCGAGGAGGAAUAGCUUUUGUAGCUGUCGGCAGUGCUGGAUAUUUACUUAAUAAAGUUCUUAAUACUCCAGUUGGUGUUGUACCCGGUACUAUAACAACAUCGAAACAAAUGACUUUUGCUGAUGCCGUUGAAGCUAACCGACCAUUUUCUCCUGUUGUUAAAGAACACUUACGUUCAACUUAUGCUCACUUUGCAGGUGGUCUUGGAAUGACAGGUACUUUUGCUUAUAUUUUUCAUCGAACUGGAUGGUCAGCAAGAAUAAUGAUGAUGAAUAGAUGGGCGUAUCUUGGUAUAUCUCUUGUUGGUACCAUCGGAGCUUUAUAUGCAACAAAAUCAAUUAAUGAUCGAGAAAACCCUGGACUUAAAUAUGGCACAUGGGGAAUUUUUAAUGCUGCUAUGGGUCUUUCAUUAGCACCUAUUUAUUUUAUGCAACCAGCUUUAAUUGCUCGAGCUGCCCUUAUGACCACAGGCAUUGUGGGCUCGAUUAGUGCCGUUGGCAUGACUGCAAAACGGGAACAAUAUUUAUGGUUGGGAGCUCCAUUAAUGGCUGGCCUUGUUGCUGUUUGUCUUGCUUCUAUUGGAUCUGUAGCUCUACCAGCUACAGCUAUUCGUACUUUAUCUAUGUUAGAAAAUGUUUCACUCUAUGGUGGACUUGCUGUUUUUUCUGGUUUAGUAUUAUGGGAUACUCAAAAGAUUAUUGCACAUGCCGAACAUGCUCGUUACACAGGGCAAUUAUCACCCAUUAAUGAUGCCAUUGGAAUAUAUCUUGAUUUUAUUAAUAUUUUCAUCAGAAUGCUUGCAAUUCUGAAUGGUCGACAACGAAAAUAA